AUGGUCGACAAUGCAUCGUCGUCCGAACAGACAGUCCGCGAUUGUGAAGCUUAUAUUGCAAAACAUGAUAUACAAAAUUUAUUACGUGACUGUAUUGUUCAAUUAUGUUUAAAAAAACCAACAAAUCCAAUACAAUUUCUUGCUGAUUAUUUUGAUAAACUUGGUAAUCAAUCAGCAUCAUCAUCAACAACUAAAAAAUCAACAAUGCGUCAACAACAAACAGCAUCCCCAACUGAACCAACAAGUAAACAACAAUCAACAAAUGGUAGUGUUGCUGGAGAAAAUGAUGAUCUUGCCGAUUUAAAUGAAGCAACUGGUGGCAGUACUAGUAGUCAUCAAAAUCAAAUAACAACAAAUACUUCUGUUAAAACACGCGAACGUCGUGGUGCAGUAUCAGCUGAACCCUAUAAAGAAGAAGAUGCAACGUCAUAUGUUAAAACUGUUAUACCUAAAGAUUAUGCAACAAUGCAAGCAUUAAGUAAAGCUAUACAAUCGAAUUUAUUAUUUUCACAUUUGGAUGAUAGUGAAAAAUCGGAUAUAUUUGAUGCCAUGCAACCAUUUAAUUAUAAAGCUGAAGAAACAAUAAUUCAACAAGGUGAAGAAGGAGAUUUCUUUUAUAUUAUUGAUCAAGGUGAAGUUGAAGUUUAUGUUAAUAAUAAAUGUGUCACAGCUAUAUCAGAUGGUGGAAGUUUUGGUGAAUUAGCACUUAUUUAUGGUACACCACGUGCAGCAACAAUUAAAGCUAAAACUGAGUGUAAAUUAUGGGCUAUUGAUAGAAAAACUUAUCGACGCAUUUUAAUGGGUUCAACAAUUAAGAAACGUAAGAUGUAUGAAGAAUUUUUAUCGAAAGUUAAAAUUCUUCAAGAACUUGAUCAAUGGGAACGUUUAACUGUUGCUGAUGCUCUUGAGCCUGUACUAUUUAACGAUGGUGAUAAUAUUGUUGUACAAGGUGAAAAAGGAAAUGACUUCUUUAUUAUUGUCGAAGGUAUAUUAAAAACAAAAUAUGAAUUUUCUUUGUUUGUUUAUUUUUAUAAUUCAUUAAAAACAAAUGAUUUUUAUUUAGGUACUGCUAUCGUCUAUCAAAAACCAUCUGAUGAAGAACCAGCUGUUGAAGUAUCAAAAUUAGGCCCAUCGGAUUACUUUGGUGAAAUAGCUUUAUUAUUUGAUCGACCUCGUGCAGCAACAGUCAAAGCCAAAGGUCCAUUAAAAUGUGUUAAAAUGGAUCGUGGACGAUUUGAACGUGUACUUGGACCUAUAUCGGAUAUUCUUAAGCGUAAUGUUGCACAAUAUAAUUCUUUUAUUAAUUUGGCUGUUUAA